GUGCAUACUGGGAUGCUGGGUUGACUUAAGGUUACAGGAGCUCCAAAAUGUCGGCUAUUGCGUUGACGUCCUUGAGCCGCUGUGGCGUCUUGACACUCCGUUCCUCCGCAGGACUGGUGUCGGUGAGAUGUGCUCAAACUGCAGCGGCUCCAGCAGCACAGCCCAGAAUAAAGAAGUUUCAGGUGUACAGAUGGGACCCAGACACUCUAGGAGACAAACCCCGUAUGCAGACCUACGAGAUCGACCUCAAUACAUGUGGUCCAAUGGUUCUUGAUGCCCUAAUCAAGAUCAAAAAUGAGAUGGACUCCACUCUGACUUUCCGUCGCUCGUGCAGAGAGGGCAUUUGUGGCUCCUGUGCAAUGAACAUUAACGGAGGAAACACUCUGGCAUGUCUGAACAAGAUUGACACCAACCUGAGCAAACCAUCAAAGAUUUACCCCCUGCCACACAUGUAUGUGGUAAAGGACCUGGUGCCUGAUAUGAGUAACUUCUACGCUCAGUACAAGUCGAUUGAGCCGUACCUGAAGAAGAAGGACGAGUCGAUGGAAGGCAAAGAUCAGUAUCUGCAGUCUGUAGAGGACAGACAGAAGCUGGAUGGGUUAUAUGAAUGCAUCCUGUGCGCUUGCUGCAGUACGAGCUGCCCGAGUUACUGGUGGAAUGGAGACAAGUACCUUGGACCUGCUGUGCUCAUGCAGGCGUAUCGUUGGAUGAUUGAUUCACGAGACGAGUUCACAGAGGAGCGCCUGUCCAAACUGCAGGAUCCUUUCUCGCUCUACCGUUGCCACACUAUAAUGAACUGCACCAAGACCUGCCCCAAGGGGCUGAAUCCAGGGAAAGCAAUAGCUGAGAUCAAGAAGAUGAUGGCCACAUACAAGGAGAAGAAGGCUGCUGCUACUGUCUGAAACUCCCCAUCUGGCUUUUUGUCCAACCUUUCCCUCCAUGAUUAAAUUAUAUACUCAUUAA